AUGGCGGACCAUCUCUGGUACCCCCCUAUAGUCACAACUCGCUACAGCGACCUCUCCAUGAUCGUGCUUGCGCUCGUCAUCGAGCGAAUCACAGGCUGCCACCUCAGCACGUUCGUCCACCGGGAGGUCUUCAGCCGGCUGGGCAUGGAAAGCACGGCGUUCCGGCCAAUCCCGGGGCAGCACAAGCACGGCAGCAUGCUCCGACCAAUCACAGGGCAGCACGUCAGCAUGCGGGAAGCAGGGUGCAUGGAUCCGCGAGUGGUCCCGACAGAGGUGGACUCGCUGCAUCGCAACAAGCUGCUGUGGGGGGAAGUGCAUGACCCCACGGCAUGGAUCAUGGGGAGUGUGGCAGGCCACGCAGGGCUCUUUCUGACUGAACUACCUUCCUCCUCAUGUACUUCCCAUCCAUACCUGCUCACCGCACACCAUCCCCCCAUCCCUCUUUCCCUCUUGCCCCCUCCCUCCCCUCCAGUGCAUGAUCCCACGGCAUGGAUCAUGGGGGGCGUGGCGGGCCAUGCAGGGCUCUUCUCAACCAUCGUUGAUGUCUCCAAGUUCGCGUGCUGCAUGCUAGCAGGGGGCACGGACCCAACCACGGGGCAUCAGCUCGUGUCGUCACGCACUCUUCGCCUCUUCACCACACCACCUCCCCCUUCCGACCACAACCCUCGACCCUUUGCCCUCGGGUGGGACGUGGCAAUCAGAAGGGGCAAGGAUGGGUACACAUCAGCGGGUAGAUUCAUGGGGCCACGCACAUUUGGCCAUACAGGCUUCACUGGCACAUCUCUGUGGAUAGACCCUGAUCGCAACACCUUUGUGGCUCUGCUCUCCAAUGCCGUGCACCCCUCUGUGGUGCACGGGCAGCGGAUGGCACAACACGGGUACAAGAAGCGAGGCGAGCAGCAGCAUGUGGAAGAGCAGGGGGAGGAGCAAGAGCAGGAGGAGAAGCAAGAGCAGGCCCAGCAUCCACCUUGCAGGCCCAGCAAGGCAGGAGGAUGGGAGGAGCACCACCCCGGGGAGGCAGGCUGGCAGCAAAGCAGCUGUGUGCCUAAUGGGGCUGUCGCAGCACGUGUUGGCUUGGAAAAGCAGCAGCAGCAGCAGCAGCAGCUAGGCGUUGCUGGCGGGUGUGCUGCUGGUGCUAGGAGCCGCCCGGGCUACAGCAGGUUGGCCACACCCGCCACCCCCAUACCCUCCCCCCCACUGCUGCACUCGCAGCAGAGAGACCGAGGAGAAGGGGGGGGGCGGGAGGGGGGGCUGGAGCUGCAGAUCCCCUCCCCCCCACUGCCGCACCCGCAGCAGGGGGAUGGAGGAGAAAGGGGGGGGGGCAGGGGGGGGGGGGGGGGGGGGGCGGUGCAGGAGCCGCUCGGGCGACAGCAGGUCCCCUCCCCCCCACUGCUGCACCCGCAGCAGGGGGAGGUAGAAGAAGGGGGGGGGGGGGGGGGGCUGGUGCUGCAGAUCCCCUCCCCCCAUCUGCUGCACCCGCAGCAAGGGGAGGUAGGAGAAGGGGCCGCGGUUAGGGGCGGCAGGUCGCGAGGGGCCAUGGCUAGGGACGACGGGGCCAUGGCUAGGGACGGGGCCGGGCGCUGGGCAGGUACGGGGCCAGGUGCUGGGCUAGGGACGGGGCCGGGUGCUGGGCAGGUACGGGGCCGGGCGCUGGGCAGGUUCGGGGCCGGGCGCUGGGCAGGUACGGGGCCGGGCGCUGGGCAGGUACGGGGCCGGGUGCUGGGCAGGUACGGGGCCGGGCGCUGGGCAGGGACGGGGCCGGGCGCUGGGCAGGGACGGGGCCGGGCGCUGGGCAGGUACAGGGCCGGGCGCUGGGCAGGUACGGGGCCGGGCGCUGGGCAGGUACGGGGCCGGGCGCUGGGCAGGUACGGGGCCGGGCGCUGGGCAGGUACGGGGCCGGGCGCUGGGCAGGUACGGGGCCGGGCGCUGGGCAGGUACGGGGCCGGGCGCUGGGCAGGUACGGGGCCGGGCGCUGGGCAGGUACGGGGCCGGGCGCUGGGCAUGUACGGGGCCGGGCGCUGGGCAGGUACGGGGACGCACGCUGGGCAGGUACGGGGCCGGGCGCUGGGCAGGUACGGGGCCGCGCGCUGGGCAGGUACGGGGCCGGGCGCGGGGCUAGGCGAGAGUGAAGAGAGAGUGUACUUAUCUGGUGCGGCUCUGAGUGGUGGUGGCGCGUUGAGCCUUGAUGCUGCUGUGGUGCCGCCACUGAAGCGCAUCACACCACCCAAAGGCGCUGCUGGGAGUGCUGGGAACUCGCCACCAGAGGGGCUGCUGGGGGAUGGGCGGAGGGGUGAGCGGGGGGAGAGGAGGGUGGAGGGGGGAGAGGAGGGGAGAGUGUAA